AUGCCCACUACCGCUACCACCGCGACGUCUGGAGCCACUUGGAUCGACAAGGAUACGAAAUCCCAGAUGUACUACAAGAAGGCGCUCAAAUAUCACCCAGAUAAGAACGGGGACCCGGAGGCACCUCGAAAGUUCCGGGAGGUCGCGGGAAGCUCAGUCGACGGGAGCGCGGGGGGCCGGAAGGGGACCGUAUAA